GUGUAAUCGAACAACCUCCUGACAGUUACACGAGAACCCCACUCUGUGGGUGUCUCUCUCACUGGCUCGCCCCACUCCCCCAACCCCAAGAUGCCCAAUUCUCUCCUGCUGCUGCUCCUCCUCCUCGUCCUCCGCGCAGUCGCCGGAGACGCCGCCCCCGAUUCGUCAGACCCCUGCGCGGGCCGCAGGAUCCACAUCAGGGACUUGCCCCCGCGCUUCAACACGCACCUCCCCCGCCACUGCGACGCCGCCUUCCCGCUCGCCGACCCGUCCUCGUCGGCCACCUCCGCGCCGACCUGCGAGUCGCUCGCCAACCACGGGCUCGGCCCGCGCACCCACGCCCGCAGCCGCUCUUGGUACCGCACCGACGCGCGCCUCCUGGAGCCCUUCUUCCACCGCCGACUCCUCGAGCGCCGCUGCCUCGUCGCCGACCCCGGCCUCGCCGACGCCGUGUUCGUCCCGUACUACGCGGCGCUCGACUCUAUCCCCUACGUCCUCGACCCCUCGCUCCUCAACUCUUCCGCGCUUCACGGCGCGUCCCUCGCGCAGUUCCUGGCGCGCGACCGGCCCCAGAUCCUGGCGCGUCGGCAUGGGCACGACCAUUUCAUGGUGCUCGCCGGUUCCGCGUGGGACCACUCGCAGCCGCCGCGUGCGGAGCCCCGGCUGCUGGGCACUACGUCGCUGGUCAGGCUGCCGGAGUUCGAGAACUUCACGUUCCUGGCGCUCGAGUCGCGCUCGUGGCCAUGGCAGGAGCACGCGAUCCCGCACCCGACGUCUUUCCACCCUGCCUCGCUCCCGCGGCUGGAGGCCUGGCUUGCGCGCGCGCGGCGCUCCCGCCGCGCCACGCUGAUGCUCUUCGCCGGCGGCGUCUCGCGCCCGUCCAGGCCCAACAUCCGGGGCUCCAUCCUCGCCGAGUGCGCGAACCGCACCGACGCGUGCGUCGUCGUGGACUGCUCAGCCGGCAAGUGCUCCCACGACCCCGUGCGGUACAUGCGCCCGAUGCUGGGCGCCAAGUUCUGCCUGGAGCCGCCGGGGGACACGCCGACGCGGCGGUCGACGUUCGACGCCAUACUCGCCGGGUGCGUGCCGGUGUUUUUCGAGGACGCCGCGGCGAGGCGGCAGUACGGCUGGCACCUCCCCCCGGGGCGGUACGACGAGUUCUCCGUGCACAUUCAGAAGGAGACGGUGGUGCUCGGGGGCGUCAAGAUCGCUGAGACGCUGGCGGCCGUGCCCGACGCGGAGGUGCGGAGGAUGCGAGAGCGCGCGCUGGAGAUGGCGCCCAGGGUGCUCUACCGGAGACACGGGAGCACCGCGGAGCUGAGGGAGGCGGGUAAGGACGCGGUCGACCUCGCCGUGGACGGCGCGCUCCGGAGGAUUCGCAGGCGGGCUCGCGCGCUGGAGGAAGGCCAGCCGGAGAGGAUAUACGCGCAGGAGGAUGACAGUGUCGAGACGUAGGACUACGAAAUGAAAUGAAAUGCUCUUGAGGACAUUCUCUUAGUCUGGAUUUGGACAUUUUUAUGUCGUGCAAAAUCCGCAGUUUACUUCCAUCUUUCGCUUUGAAGAGUGUACAUUUGCUAUGUCAUCCACGAGAUUUAUUCUCCUUGCAAAUGUGGCAAGCCAAUUGCAUUUCAAGUGUUGCUGUUGUGCUAUAGAAAUAGAACUGACUACUGAACGCAGUUGGCACUAGAAGGAGAAUAAGAUGGUCGUGUAUUUUCAUGGUUUAA